AUGGGAGAUACACUACUUAGACUUGGAAGAGCAGUCACACUGCCAUCUGUACUGCUAGUCUCAUCUUCAUUAUACAUUGGCUACAGUUUACUACAAUAUAGGAACAAACAGAACAAGAUAGCCAACAAUCCUUACAUCAAACCUGUUAUAAACUCUUUGAUCAAUCAUUAUAAACAACAACAAUCAAAUAAGGAAUCAUCAUCAUCAUCAGAGAUUAAAGGUCAACAGUUAGACAUCAUCAUUGUUCAUGACUCAAAUGACGAGAGCAAAUUGGAGCAGGUCGACGAGGUUGCACAACAACUCUACAAACAAUUGACCUAUGCAGAGGAGAUAGGCAACAAGGCCUUCAAGCACAUCGUCAAUGUAUAUAGUAUCACCAAGGAGGAGUUCAUACACUACGAUCAGUACAACGCAUCAAAAGGUAGCUUUGUUGCUGUCGUCUACUUUGCCUGUAGCUAUCCGAGCAAUGUAACUCAGUUGUUAACACUCUGUGGCAAGGCUGCAAAGUUGUUAAAGCCUGGUCAUCCAUUCAUCACUCUUCUCGAUCACAGCGUAUCAUCACUGUCAUCAGGUGACAUGCCAUUAUCUAAUAAGGAAAUAGGAACAGUUUAUUCAUUGUCUGGUUACAGUGAUAUCAAACCUACAACAUCAGUCGAUGGACACGCUAUGACUAUGAUCACAAGUGUGUCACCAAGUUGGAGCAUUGGUGAGACUCAUCCAAUAAAUCUGUUGCUAUAA